AUGUCUCCUGCAACACAAAUAGCAACGGCGAACCUCUUUUCCCCAAUCAAAAUCGGUAAUAUGCUGCUCAACCAUCGAGUGAUAAUGGCGCCUCUGACCAGACUCCGUACAACCAAGACUUCUGCUGUAUUGAAAGUCGUCAAGGAGUAUUACUCCCAACGCGCUAGUACACCUGGGACGUUCUUGAUAUCAGAGGGAACGGUGAUCUCACCUCGAGCAACUGGGUUUCAACCUUGUGCUCCAGGCAUUUGGUCUGACGAGCAGAUUACUGCGUGGAAAGAAGUACUGGAUGCGGUACAUGCUAAAGGGAGUUAUAUAUAUCUCCAGAUCGCAGCAUCGGGACGGAUAGCACAAUCAUCUGUUCUUCAGUCUUACGAUCCGACGUACGACGUCGUUAGUGCUGGAGACGAGACCGCUCUUGAUCUAGAACCGCCACCACCUUCGAAUCUUCCCACGCUUUUGGGAGGAAGCUGA